AUGUGUUUUGUCCACCCUCAAACCAAACUGUCUGCCUUCAGCAAAACAGCCUCAGGCAGACAGUUAGGUUCUUGGAAACAUUCCUAUGACAUGAGACUGGGCCUGGUCUUUAACCAUGACUCUGUCCUGAGUAGUGACCUGUCCAUCAGUAAGGCCGUGUACACCGCUCUACAGACCCUGGGGAAUAACCACGCCAAAAGUCUCAUCACCAAACUCAUCAAGGAGGAAAAUGUCGCUGACCUCAAAUUUGGAGUCAAGAAAAUACAAGAUCUGGAAGUCCAUGGAAUGGAUAUGGAUGCCUAUAUGAAGGCUCUAGAGAAACAAACCACAGACUUCCUGAACCAUCAUAGCAUCUUUGUCAGAACAGUUCUUGGCUGGGGGGAAAGUGAUAGAGGACUCAUUGCAAAUGGAAAGGUGUGUGGACCUUUAGAUGAAGCCGAGAGUUUUACCUCAGAGGAUGUGGACUUGCUGACUAAAGUGGAAUAUCAGAAUGUGGCUAGGAGUAUCAAGACUCAGAUGAUGCUGAUGAAAAUUGAUGGCAACAGAGGAAGUGAACUUAUCAUGAAAAUUUCCUCACUGCUUUCAUCUAAAACCUCCAACACAGAGAGAAAGGACUUAUCUGGCCUGAGGGAUCAGCAUAGUGCAGUAAAGCUACCUGCCAAUCCAGACUCACCGGCUUAUCAAAUUGAGGCUGUCCUUGACCCUGUGUCACAGGAAGCUCAAAAGAUUACACCUAUGAUCAAGGUGCUGAGAGAAGUGGCUAAUGUUGAUGUGAAAAUUUACAUGAACUGUAGAGAUAAAAUUUCUGAGAUGCCUGUAAAAACUUACUAUCGUUAUGUACUGGAACCAGACUUGGCCUUUAAGCCUGAUGGAAGUUUGACCUCUGGUCCAGUGGCCAAAUUCACAGAUCUCCCCCAGAAAUCAAUUCUGACCAUGGGGGUCAACCCCCCAGAGAGCUGGCUGGUGGAGUCGGUAAAAGCUGCCCAUGAUCUGGACAAUUUGUUACUAGAGGAGGUUGAGAGUGGCGUUACUGCAGAAUUUGCUCUCGAAUAUAUCUUGAUAGAAGGUCACUGUUCGGACACCACCUCAGGACAGCCUCCCAGGGGAUUACAGUUUACUCUGGGCACCAAUGCCUCCAAUCCUCUAGUGGACACCAUAGUUAUGGCUAAUCUGGGUUACUUUCAACUCAAGGCCAAUCCAGGGGUUUGGUUUCUGCAGCUUAGAGAGGGGAGGUCCAAAGACAUCUACAACAUAGUAGGACAUGAAAUGACAGAUACACCUGCAGGUUCUGAUGAUGUGGUUGUUGCUAUAAAUAGCUUCAAGAGUAAAAUUAUUCGCGUCAAGGUUGAGAAGAAGAAGGAUAAAAUAAUGGAACAGUUGUUGAAGGAUGAAGAUGAUGACAAAAGUAUCUGGGACUCUAUAUCUAGUUCAUUCAAACCAAAAGAAGAAACUGAAGGAAAAGUUUUAAAUAUUUUCUCCCUGGCCUCUGGUCACAUGUAUGAGAGACUUAUGAGAAUUAUGAUGUUGAGUGUCUUAAAACACACAAAAUCCCAAGUGAAGUUUUGGUUUUUGAAAAAUUACCUGUCACCUUCUUUUAAGGAUUUUAUACCAAAAAUGGCAAAAGAAUAUGGCUUUGAAUAUGAACUGGUUCAGUAUAAAUGGCCAAGAUGGUUAAAUCAGCAAAAAGAAAAGCAAAGAGUUAUGUGGGGAUACAAAAUCUUGUUCUUAGAUGUGUUAUUCCCCUUGGAUGUGAAGAAAAUUAUAUUUGUUGAUGCAGAUCAGGUUGUAAGGACAGAUUUACAAGAAUUAAACGACCUUGACCUUGAGGGUGCCCCCUAUGGCUACACACCUUUCUGUUCCAGCAGGAGGGAAAUGGAUGGAUUCAGAUUCUGGAGAUCAGGAUAUUGGGCCAGUCAUUUAGCUGGAAGAGAAUAUCACAUUAGUGCCUUAUAUGUAGUGGAUCUUAAGAAGUUUCGUCGUAUAGCCGCUGGGGAUCGUCUCAGAGGUCAAUAUCAGGGACUUUCUCAAGAUCCAAACAGUCUGUCAAACUUAGACCAGGAUCUGCCUAACAACAUGAUCCACCAGGUGGCGAUAAAAUCACUGCCUCAAGACUGGUUGUGGUGCGAAACAUGGUGUAGUGAUGAGUCAAAGAAGACGGCCAAAACUAUAGACCUGUGCAAUAACCCUCUGACAAAAGAACCAAAGUUAAAAGCAGCAUUGCGUAUAUUACCAGAGUGGAAAGAAUACGACUAUGAAGUCAAAGUUUUGUGGGAUAAAGUGUAUAAGACAAACACACGAAAGCAAGUAGAGUACGAACCACCAAAUAUAGACGAAAAGAAAAUAGGUUCUAAAUUACAUUUACAUGAUGAAUUAUAACAUUGGUACAGCAUUAGUGAUCUUAAUUCCUCGUUACUACACAGAUCACAUCAGGACCAAACUUGACGAGAUAUUGAAGCAGCAGCAGUCCUCAUAAUCAUAUAAUUAGGCAUGUCUUGGAUAAAAAAAAUUAAAUCAUGCAUUUAAAGUUAACUUUAUCAUUACGAAAAGCCAAUAAGUAUACUAUAAAUUAUUUUAUUUAUGCGAUAAGGAAUUUAAGGUUCAUUUACCCUCUGAUAAGAGAGAUAACUCUUAGUGGAAAUAAUGACUAUUAUUCCCAUUAAAAAUUGCCAAGUUUAUACAUGUAAGAGGGCAAUUUCUAUUAAAAUUAGCACCACAAUGUAUGCAGAAAUUGUCAUCAUUUCAAUUGUAAUUGAAACUUUUUUUUGUGAAAAUUAUUUUCAUUCAAACAAAUUUUGUUUAAAUGAACAUAGGGAUGAUGAACUUUUUUUAGGGCUGAGCAAUGUCAUAUUGUCUCAUUGGGAAUAUUGUAUAAAUGGGUUCGUGUUUGUGAUGUGACAAUUCCAUUUUGCAAAUGUUUAAGAGAAUUUAAAAAAAAAAUGUAUUGAAAGAAUAAAUGAGUGAGUGAAAUUUGUGUGAAAAAUAUUGAGGGAUACAUGUGAAUGAAUUAGUUUGGUGAUUGUAGUGAAAUAUACACCUUCUGUUUUUUUUUCAACAUCUUGUUAUAGAUAUCAGUCGUCAUUAUUUUUUUUAUAGUGCUUCAUCAAAAGGUAUUAUCACUUACAAAAUACAUGUAUGUGAAAAUUGUGGUUUAUGGUAUAAUAAUAAAUAUAUGUUAUGUAUACGGUGCUUUGCAAAAAUUGUGACAGACUUAGUUGUUCAAACACACACUUUCAUUUUUGUUGGGACACAGUGGAGUUACUUAUUAAAUAAGAGGUAACUUGUUUUCCCCUGUUUUGCAUACUUUUAAAAAAGGAAUAAUGCAAGUUUACAGUCUAUAUGUGUGUGUUAAUUAUAGUGUAUAAUUUUCCAGAAACAGUGAAACUUGUCUGAUCCUGAUGUUGUAUGUUCUGAAAUCUUGCCUAGUACAAUUAAUUUAAACUUAAAGUUCCUUUCUAUAAAUUUGGUUGUUUAAAAUGUUGCCAAAAUGGGAAUAUAGUCUACAUGGAAUCUGACUGAUUUCUUUGCAAGCAGUUAGGAUUAGACAAUUUUAACUAUGUUUUUAAAUACAAAUAAUACAUUUUGAAGUGUAAUAAUUGAUAUGAUGUAUUUGAAACACUGAAGAAAUUUGAAACCACUUUGCCAAAUACUUCGUCAAAUUAUUCUGAAAUGAAAGAUUGCUUUGGGCAUUUUUCAUUUGGUUAUACUUUAAAAAAGAAUUGCCCAUGUUUCAUAUCAUGAUGACAAUUCAGGUAUAUUUACAUUGGAGCAAACUUAUGUGAUGAGUACUUUAAUAAUUAUCAAAGAAUGGAUUUAGAGUAGUCAGUACUUAGAUAGUUAAUGCCAUAAUGAUUGAAAGAUUUCAGUGGCUGAAAGUUUGAUUUUAUCCAUUCCUCUCAUUAACCCAAACUGUCAAUAGAAAAAAAGAAUCAUUUUUUUUCUCUUUUUAACUAAAAACAAAAUUUUUCAUUUAACAUUUGUAUUUAAAAUUUUAUGAUUUCGUUUCCUUGAACAUUUCCAUUUUAGGACAUUUUCUACUAUAUCGUAUGGUCUUUGUUCUGCAUCUUGUUGCAAUCCCAAGCACUCAGUUGUGUAUGUUUGAGUUUGUUUAAUCAUGUUUUGUCUGUGACAAUGUGUAAAGACUGGAUCUUCUGUGAUGACAGUUAAUAAAUAUUAUUUUGUAAAUUAAACUAAAGGAUUUUGA